UGCGGCCCGGGCAGAGCAGCUGAUGCCGACGACGAGUUCAGACGUACCCCUCGUAGCUCCGUUGAUUAUGUGCUUUGCGGCCGAAUCCACUGCGCUUGAUGCCGAAUCGUUGUUUGUCGUCCAGUUGAACUCAAGUGCAAAUACUGUCAAGUGAUCGCCGAGUAGAUUCGCCACCGCCGAAUUCUCGUCUCAGCCCCCGUCUCUCGCUGAACAAGCGAAAAUCAUGUCGACGGGCAAGAGAUUGGCAAAGCGCUCCAUCGUCGGCACCCGAGUGUGCGUGCCUUCCAAGGACAAUAUUUUCGUGCCCGGCGUCAUCUGCGCCGUCAAGUCGGGCUCGUACAGUGUCCGGCUCGAGUCGCCGGCGCCCCGCACCACCUGCGAAUUCCCCGAGAGGGACUUGGUCGGGCCCGGCUUCCGCUCCAUCCACGGACUCACCCUCGAGGCUGGCCAGAAGGUUUUCCUCACCCACAACGGCAGGGAAGUGUCGGCCAACGUCGUCGCCCACGUCAGGGGCGAGAACAAAGACGAGGUCACGGUCACCCUCAACCCUGCCGCCCUAGAGCGUGGAUCGCCAAUUCUGACGCUAGUCAAGCGUCUGGACGAAGUUCGUCUGUUGGAGUCGCGCAAAUCCGCACGCCUCAUGGACCAGGACACUGAUUUCGCCCGGCUCGCUGACAUGGCCGGCGCUGACCGCAAAAGGACCUCAUCUCACAGCAUCGACGUCCCCAACUCCAUCCACCAAGGGUCGCGCAAAAGGCGUCCCAGCAGCAGCAACGGCAGUCCCUCGGACGAGAACAACCAGGACUGCAUGAACGAGUGCACCGCCGCCCUGGUGCUGAUGAGCCUCUCGUGCAGCCCUCACUCCCCCAGGCCGUACUACAUUGACGGUUCGGAGUUGUCGCCCCGCAGCAGUCACGACUCGGAGACCUACUCGUGGGCCCUGAACGGCCGCGGCUCGUCCACGCCGUCGCCGCCCCUCAGCAACGGCGGAUCAUGGCAACAGGACGAAGGUGUCGUUCUGGACGCCGACUUCGCCAUGGACGACCUUGAGGAUACGCCUCGCAAAAAGAAGGUCAUGUGCACAGUGUUCCAAUGCACCUGGAAGGGAUGUGGCGUGCGAACCACCACUUGCGAAGCCAUCGAGCGCCACGUCAGAAAAAUGCAUCUUGGACCCCGCACUCCUGAGGGAGACGACGACGGAGGCAGCAGCGACCACGAAGAAGAGUUUUACUACACCGAGCUUGAGGUGGAGGCGGGACACGUGGCCGCGUCGUCGCCCACCCUGAGCCACCAGGACAUGGCCCGGCCGCCGCACGAGGAUCCAGAGUACCAGCGCCAGUUGCAGCAAGAAAAGCUCCAAAACACCACCACCGGCAGCUACAAGUCGCCGAGCGUGCUUUCUCAGAGGGGAUCUCCACUCACCAUCCCCAUGGCCUCCUUCAGCUGGACGCCUGGGAGCUAUUUGCCUGUUUCGCCGCAGAAGUACCCGAAACUGAGUCCGAAGACCGUGAGCUCACCGAAACUGAGUCCGAGUGGGCGUCGGGUGCGCGGCGAGUCGAAAAAGUGCCGCAAGGUGUACGGCAUGGAGCACCGAGAGCAGUGGUGCACCCAGUGCAAAUGGAAAAAGGCGUGCACCCGUUUCGGCGACUAGCUGGCCGGCCUGCGCCAGGACAAAGUGAAAUUGCUGGCUGACUAAACGUAUCGAGCUUUGGUAUAAUGCGCGAGGAGGACGAAAAGGACGGGCCAAAGAUAGAAAACUCUUUUGUUCACCCCAAGGCCUAAGGUUAUAUAGGAAUUUGCCAAAGACUAAACACUUGAGGAUCGUGUGCGCCUCCGCCUCACCGGCCCGCGAUCGCACUAGGACGCUGCACGUACUGACACUGUGCUAACCAAAUACCUGCCAACCACGCAAAAGACUUUUAAAAAACAAUGAACUCUGGAAGGGUGCUGGUUAUCAUCACGGAAAGUACAACGAGAGAGAGACACAACAAAAAUCGGAUUGCAAGGGAGGCAAAUUUAAAAUAUGGAUGAGAACGGUGUGCAAAGUGAUUUAGCACCAAAAGUUUGGGACGAGCCCCAAAUUUUGUGUGUACUUAAAGGACACGACUUUCUUGGAUGUCUCUUGUACAUAUGCAAAAACAUUUUACGUCAAUCAGCAACACUCUUGAUCCAUUCGUAGGCUUUACGAUUUUAAUUUUAUCGUUAUAUAUUUACUAUAUUAUAUUAUAUAUUACCAUAUUUUACCAACAAUUUUGAUCUCUUAUGCUUUAUCCGACGAGAAGAUUCACGAUUAUAUUGUUAUAUCAAUGCAGCAAAGUGGCGCUUUUGUUUUCAAAGGCAGGGUUUGGAAAAGAUUGUGUAUUUCGUAAAUAUUAUUGGGGACAAAAAUGCUCUUGUGGAGUGGAAAUUUCUUUGCUGAAAAAGAGAGUGUGAUUUUUUUUCCACGCCCUGUUCGAAGCCACGGUGCACAAUUUUUAAUUGUACAGACCAACAGGUUCCUCAGUCGAGCAGAGCCUAAUGUGCGAUGAGGAAUCGUCAUUUUCAAACACUCCCUUUGACCAAUCAAUCAAUGUAGGCGCGAAAAUUUCGAUUCUCCUUGCGACGAGCUCUGCUGAAUGAUUAAUUCGCAGUUGACUUAAUUAAAAUGGAUUGGCAAUACCUGAUAUUUAGUACAUAAACACACGCAUCAUGUUGUCAAUGACGGACGAGCUGUUGCACAGCAGUAUUCGUUGUUAGUGGUUUUAACUCUUAAAUUAGUUGCUCUUUCCUUCUUUUAAUUGAUUUUUUUCUUCUCUUUUUUAACAAUCAGUGAGGGAGAGAAUUAGGUUUUGCAACAAGAAUGAAUAGUAUCGUGGUUACAUUUUAAUUUUCAGUAUCGUGCGAAUGCUUCCCUCAUUAUAUUUUAACUAUUUAUUUUAUAUUUUUACCAAAACAUCUAAGCUUUAUUAUUGUAUCGCCUCUUUUUAUAUAAUUCUUAGUUAAAUACACAAAAAAUCAAUAUUAUUGAGUAUAAUCGUGAUUAGGGAAAUUUACUAUCCAUAGUUUUAAGAACCAUGCAAAAGUUUUGACACUCGUUGAAUAAUUUUUGUAAUUUUUCCUUUUCUAAAAAAACAAAAACAAGUGUUUGAAACAUUGAAAUGCCCGCAUCCGGAUAUGUGAGUUAUUUUCGCAAAAGUUAUUUUUUAUAACAAAAAAGUCCCCAGUCUCUAUGUCUAUCAUUUUAUCCUCGACGUUAAGGAAAUUGAAAGUAAUAUGUAUAAAUUAAGAAUACACGCAAACACAAACACACAAUAUUACACAUUUGUGAGAAAGAUCUGCUUCUUUAGGAGAAAAGACGAAUUCUUUCAUAAAUGGUACAACAAAUUAAUCUAAUUAGAAUUAACGCGAAACAAUUUUAAUUGUAUAAAAAUUCGUUUUCUCUCAUACAUGUUGAAUACGUUAAUAGAGGUGAAUUGCAAAAUUAUUGCCACACAUGUAUGAGGAAAACGCGCGCGCGAAUAAAAAUUAUUCAGUUCAGAUGGAUUUCCUGUAAAUUUUAAUAAUAAGAAGUGAUGAUUGAUGCUGUGUGAAGAUUGAGAGUAGUAAUUAUUAAACCUAUAUAAUUGACGAAAACAAGAUUCAAUAUUAUAUAUUAUUAAUUAGUUAAGUGCACAUGACAAAGUACAAGAAGCCAUUGCAGAAAUAAUAACAAUGCGAAUUGUUAAAAACACAACUUUUAUCAUCAGAAAGCGAAAAAGUAAAGAAAUAUUUGCCAUUAUAUCAUUUUUUGAGAUGUAUAGAAACGUACGCAAUAGUUUUUCAUGAGAUGCUAAAACAAUAAAUUUUGAAACUCCAAAAAGAAAAAAACUUGUUGAGAAGUGGAUCAAAACUAAACGAGUAAGAAUACAAUCCCUGCUAAAUGGAUGGCCGAAUAAAAACAAAAUCAGAUAGAGAGUUAUUUUCUAACGCGAGUCCACUUCAUAUCUAUUGCAAAUUUAUUUUCCGAAACGUUGAGAAUGAUGAAUGGCAGUAUUUUUGGUGGAUUAAUCAAAGGAAACUUUUAAGAAUUAAGUAAGAGGCAAAGAUGUAUCAAGAUUGAAUGUUCCAAUUAUAGAAAUAGUAGCAUAACCAACACAAAUUAAAUUCGGCUGCAAAGCGCAUUUUGCAGAGAAAUGUUCAUAGUCGGAGGGCAAAAUGCGACGCGCCAAAAGCGUAAAUUUAAGCGAAAAGAGUACCUCUCAUAAAGUGCAUGGGCGAGUGAAUUAUAUCAUAUUGAUUACCUAAUUAGCGCGUACCUAACGAAUUGGCAAGAAAAAAAAACGUAAUCUAUGCACUUUUACAAAUUACAAUAUAAGUGUUGUGUUUGUGCUAUAUUAAUUAAAAUUGAAAAGCAAUUGAGUUUUAUUGUUCUCCAGUUGACUAUUGCGAUCAUAUUACUCUGACAUUGAAUUCUGAACACUUGCAAAUACUCAGACAUAAUUAAACUUGAAGCUUUUUUGACUGUCGAGAGGCAAAGACACACAGACAAAGCGAGCGAAUCGAGAAUAUAUAAAUAUAAUUUAAUUUUGUUGUGCCAGUGUACCUCAGUUAAUUUUCUCCAAGCACUGCGGAAUUUAAUUUGCGUCUGAAAAUCCCCAGAGAAUUUAAAAAACACAAGAAAUCAUCAAUAAUCUUUAUAUAAGAGUAACUAUAUCGGUGUUGUUAGAGACAGAGCAAAUUUUUGUAUUUUAAAGAGAAAAGCCAUAUUUAAAAAGUAAUACAAUUAAGAAGUACAACCUAAGGAUACAAACAAACUCAUCUCAUGUGUGAAGAAUAAAUCUAUCUAAAAUUAGUGAGGAAAUCCAAAAUCGAUGUGUCUACAACUCUUAAAUAAGUAAUUACGUGUUCAUCUCACAAAACGAACAACCGUGUGCGGAAAUCGCAUUUUUUCCCUUCUUCUUAAUAGUUCUCCUUUUGCUGAAUAAUGUAUGACCUUUUGAUUUGUGUAUAUUUGAUUUUGUUGUUGUAAAAAUGUCGAUACAAGAAACACAAUGGUGGAAAACUGGAGCGGGCUCACAUUCAAAAAUUCUAAACAACGCAGCAAUAUUUCUCACACCGCGACUUGCGGGUGAUUUAUAUACAAAGAAUGUGACAUUUUUCGUCUCUGUGUUUUCUUACAACUCUUCUGUCAGAACUGUCUCUGUUAUUAUUUUAUAACACCAUGUUUUUUAGUGUGUUUGUAAAAAUGCUUCCUCACUUUGUAAAGCAUGUAUUCGACACAAUCCCAGCCGAAAACUUGUAAAUUCAUUUGAUCCCAUGAAAAUAUAUUUAUUAUACUUGAUUAAGUUUCAAUAAAACUUCGAAACCAUAUUGCAAAAAUAAAGCAAA